UGAUUUGAAUGCUAUUUGAGAACGGUCGGCCAGAUUCUCGGAGCGGGCCAAAGGCUGGAAAUGAAAAAACAGAAACAGAAAUUGUAUACAGUGUUAUACAGCUGGACAUACACCGUCAUUGAAUGCACUGGGGCAUUCUGGAGCCUGUCUGUCGAGCCUGUCUAAUUAAUAGCAUGUUCCAGAGCCCAAAGGAGCACUGAUAAGAAUGAUAAUUGAAGCCAAAAACAUGGAUUAUUAAAGUCUGAGGAAAACACUGUUCCUGAUUUGGUAUGUAACUUUUGAAGACGCUGAACAUUAAGGAUGAGGUCUUGGAGGGACGAGGGACAUUGGCGUAUCGCUCCCGAAUAAGUGUCCUGUGUAAGAGAGACAGUUGUAUCUUUUCACUCUGAUCCACGGUUCCUCAUCCCACUCAUCCCAUGUGCACAGGGACAGGAAGGACCAGUCACCAGCUGAGGAGCACGUGUCAGUAGCCCUCAGUUCCCCUUCACAAACUAAAGAAAAAUAACAAACCUCUCUCUCUGCUCUCCUCUUUGGAGCAAGCAAUGCCCAACCUUCUCAAUGCAGAUGCCUCCUUCAGCUCCAAGCAGGAGCUCCUGGACCUCCACGAUGGUCCAAUCGAUGCCAACUUAGACACACCCAGCCCCGUUGAAUUCCAGCUUGAUGAUUCACCCACCGGCUCCUGCACUGGAAGUCCCGCUGCAGAUGGACUGGAGGGGAGGAGGAUUGGAGCCGCACUAACAGGACAGAGCUACGGGGACAAGGCUGAACCCCCGUAUGGAGUGAAGUUCGUCCCAACGGAGUCUGAGCAUCUCUGUGGCUGGGGCCCCCUUACGCCACAGGUGAUUCAGGCCUUCAACACCCCACAGUGGGUGCUGUUCUUCCUCUGUGUGGCCUCCUUCCUCCAGGGCAUGAUCGUCAAUGGCUUCAUCAACACGGUGGUGACCUCCAUCGAGCGGCGCUUUGACCUGCGCAGCUACCAGACCGGGCUGAUCGCCAGCUCCUACGACAUCGCCGCCUGCAUCUGCCUGACCUUCGUCAGCUACUUCGGGGGCACUGGACACAAGCCCAAGUGGCUGGGCUGGGGGGUGCUGAUCAUGGCCCUGGGCUCGUUGGUAUUCGCCCUGCCUCAUUUCAUCACCCAGCCCUACCAGGUGAGCGUGCUGGAGCAGACGGGCUUGUGUUCGGCCAACUUCAGCAGCCCCUGCCAGGAGAGCGGCAGCAGCCUGUCCAACUACCGCUUCGUCUUCAUGCUGGGGCAGUUCCUGCAUGGCAUGGGGGCCACGCCCCUCUACACGCUGGGUGUCACCUACUUGGAUGAGAACGUUAAGUCCAGCUAUGCGCCCGUCUAUAUCGGGAUCUUUUACACCGCGGCCGUGGUGGGACCGGCUGCUGGAUACCUGCUGGGAGGAUUGUUCCUCAACAUGUACACAGAGAUCCAUCUGAUGACAGAACUCACUCCAGAGAACCCUCUCUGGGUGGGGGCCUGGUGGAUCGGCUUCCUUGUGGGGGGUGCUGCUGCUCUGGUCAUUGCCCUCCCCAUUCUAGGAUACCCACGCCAGCUCCCAGGCUCCCAGCGAUAUGUGGCCAUGCGGGUGUCAGAGGCCCACCAGCUAAAGGAUGGAAGCCAGGUUACAGCAGCAGACCCACAGUUUGGCAAGACGGUGAAGGACAUGCCCAGGUCCAUCCUGCUCCUCCUGAAGAAUCCCACGUUUAUCUGCCUGUGUUUCGCUGGGGCCACUGAGGCCACUCUGAUAGCGGGCAUGUCCACCUUUGGGCCCAAGUUCCUGGAGUCUCAGUUCAGUCUCAGUGCCUCUGAGGCUGCCACCUGGUUUGGUUACAUGGUGGUACCAGCGGGUGGGGGGGGCACCUUCCUGGGCGGGUACAUCGUGAAGAAGCUCAACCUCCGUUGCCGUGGCAUUAUCCGCUUCUGCAUGGUGUCUGCCCUCAUCAGCCUGCUCGCCAUCUUCAUCUUCCUCCUCCACUGCCCCAACGUGCCAAUGGCUGGAGUUAAUGUGCUGUACCACCAGAGCCAGAGCCCUUACCCAGACCUUCACAACGGGUCCCAGUCGGUAAAGAAUCUGACCAAUGGCUGUAAUGCUGAUUGCCACUGCUUGCGAGAGAUGUAUAACCCUGUGUGUGGGGCUGAUGGGAUCAUGUACUAUUCCCCUUGUCAUGCUGGCUGCAGCACUGUCAACCACACACUCAGCAGCAGUAGGAAACAGAUGUACUCCGGCUGCAGCUGCGUAAUUGGUAACAUGACAUGGGGGGAGGAGGGUCUUGCACGGUCAGGGAAGUGCAGCACUUCCUGCCACCACAUGCCUGCAUUCCUCACGUUCCUGUUCGUGAUCAUCUCCUUCACCUUCCUCUGUAGCAUCCCGGCCCUCACCGCCACCCUCAGGUGUGUCCCAGACAGCCAGCGGUCCUUUGGGCUGGGGAUUCAGUGGAUUGUUGUACGAACACUGGGCGGGAUCCCAGGCCCCAUAGCGUUCGGCUCCGUGAUUGACAUCUCCUGCAUGCUGUGGCAGGAGGACUGCGGCGAGCAGGGCUCCUGCUACCUGUACCACAACUCCUCCAUGAGCCACUACAGCCUCAUCGCUGGGCUCAUAUACAAGGUGCUGGGGACGGUGUUCUUCUUGCUGGCGUCGGUGCUGUACAAGCCCCCACCGGACUCACCGCAGAGCAGCUGCGAGAGCACGGACCACGGGGCGGGCGACACGGGGGAGCUCCCGGUGAAGGACGUCCCUCAGGAGAUCAUCCCCACUGUGGCUGCCAGCCCCGCCUCCAGUCCAGCAACCGUUGCCCUCAAGAGGCGUCCACCUGAAAACACAGGAGACAUCAGCAUAGAGCGCAGCCUAAAACUUCAGUGGAACAAGUUGCUGUGAGAAUGCACAUUGCACAUUGUGAGGAUGAAUUGUCCGCCAGUCGCCUAAUGUAAAGGUCCAUGCAUUUUCUAUAUUUCUUUUGUAAUUGUAUAGCAUCAGAAAUGAAUCUGUAAAACAUCCAAAAUCACUUGUCUAAUGGGCAAACUGCAUUAUCUGCUAUUCAAAACAAAUGGAAAGAUAAAUGUGUAGUUGCCUUAUCGAGCUUGAGGUGCUCAAAAGCAGGAGCUCUAUGGUUUGUUUGAUGUGUGUGCGCGCAUGUGUGUAAGCUGCAGUUAAUGCUAUUGUUUGUUUUGUAGUAAUUUGUUUCUACUGUAUAGAGUGAACAGUACAAAUGUGCCCUAUGCAAGUAGAACCAUGCCCCAGGUAUACUGGGUAAUUCCCUCAUUGUAAGAUUGAGAUGGUGAGGUAAUACAGUGAACACAAUAUAGUUACAGAAACAUUCAAUUGAAAUCACUCAGUUAAAAGACAGGUUUUUCUGUCGUAUCACAGAAAAAAAUCUUACUACCAUUCAUCUAAAUCAAUGAGAGAAAGGCUUUACCUCAUUGCAUGAGUAUGAGAUGCAUUAAAUACCUUACUCACUCAGUGAGCAAUUUAUUAGGUAGACCUGUAAACCAGCUUGUUAAGGCAAUAUUUAAUCAGCCAAUCAUGUGGCAGCAAUUAAGUGCAUAAAAGCAUGCAGAUGUGCUCAAGAGGCUCAGCUGUUUUUCAGACCAAAUGUCAGAACGGGGAAGAAAUGUGAUCUAAGUGACUUUGACCGUGGAAUGAUUGUUGGUGCCAUACAGGAUGGUUUAAAUAUCUCAGAAACUGCUGAUCUCCUGGAAUUUUCAUGCACAACAGUCUCUAGAGUUUCCAGGGAAUGGUGCGAAAAACAGAAAACAUCCACUGAGCAGCAGUUCUGUGGUGAGAAAUGCAUUGUUAAUGAGAGAGGUCAGAGGAGAAGGGCCAGACAGGUCAAAGCUGACAGGAAGGUAACAGUAAUGCAAACCACAUAUUACAACAGUAAGACCAAUAAGUCUAAAAAUAAGUGUAAUAAAUACCUAAUAAAGUUCUCACUGAGUGUAUGUAAAGUUCUGCUUGGAAAGCAGUUUUGCAGGCACUAUUGAAUCCCUACUGGCUUACAUUAAUCUUUACAAAAAAACACUUUAACAUUCAAUUGGAUAGAUCUGUUGAGGGCUUGUAUGACUGUUUCAUGCAUCUUAUUGUAUAUUAUUAGGCUAAUCCAUUUGAUGUAUGUGUCCCUUUCCUCCAAAAUACAGCAUUAGUCUAUAUUUUAAUUAUUUAUGGGCUAUUGCAAAAAGGAUUUUGCCUGUUGAAUUAUUGUAGUGUAUGUUUAAUACGUCAUGUUUCUUCAAACUGAAAAUGCACUAAAAUGACUGUCUUGUGUCCAUACUGUGAAUAUGUGAUAUUCUAUCUGAAAUGUGCCUGAAAUCUUUAGUUCUGGGGGCUGAUUAUGUGUAAAAUUGUUAAAAACAACAAAAACGUUCCUACGGUUAAUUAGCUCAAAACAGUUACCUCUAACAACCUGUCAAAUACUCUUGUCAGUCAAGCCCAAAUGGUUCAUCCACUAAAUUAAUGUCAGUUAAAUGAACAUGCUGUGUGUAACAUGAAUGGAUGCUCUUGCAACAAUCAAAGCACAAAUUGAUCAUGCAGUUUUGCUCAAAAAUCUAAUCUUCUCAGUGGGUCCCGGAGAAUAAAACUUGAGACUGCUUCUCAGUGUGAUGCUCAAAUAA